AUGGGGGCUGCUGAGGGGUGUAUCGUCGGAAACAUGGUCCCGUUAAGAGCCAAAUUUUCUGCCUGGGAUGACGCUACCGCCUCCCCGACCGCCUGGGAGCCUCCAUCCACGGGUUGGAAGCCCUAUACGUGGGCCUCAAGGCACUACUUGGCGUCUUACUGGGUACUUGCGACCCAAAUCGUAUGGUUCGAGUGCGAAGAACCUUCGAUCUCGGCCUCUCAUAAACACCGUCCUGUUCUGCUUGACUCUUGCCCGUUUCUAUUCGUUCAGCGCUGUGGUAGUAGAUUGUUCAUGCAACGAUCCUAG